CAUCCUAAAGCAGAGUCCAGCUGGUGUGGAAGGCAAGAUUUCCUGAACAGUUCUAUCUCUGGCCCUUUGCAAGAGUUCUGCACGAUAGAGUCUCCCUGCUGGCUCCAUCCCUUGAGCUGUGUGGAUUCCAACAGUGACUGGCAAGGUCUCCUGCUAAACGAAGUCCUGUGUCAAGACUCUAGCACAUUCCUGGAGCCAAGUGAGACGUCAACCCUGGCUGUUGCCACCUGUUCCCCUGAUAAGCAUGGAAGUUCUGGCAGGUGUUCUGCUUGCGAUCUCUGCAGUGGUUGCCCAGGGAAUGCUCAGGGGUUUCCAAUGCGUUGAGCACUCCCAACCUUGGACAGCUGCCCUCUUUGAUGGUCCAAAAUUGCAUUGCACAGGGACUCUGAUAAAUAAGCGAUGGUUGGUUACUGCGGCCCAAUGCCACACUGGUCGACCCUUCUUUGUGAGUCUCGGAGAGCACAGCCUGUGGCACUUCGAGUUCACAGAACAGCUGAGGAUUGCUAUAAAGACCAUCCGCCAUCCCUUCUUUGACAGCUUCAGCAAGGCUAAUGACAUCAUGUUGGUCAAACUUCUAAUCCCGGUCUUUAUCAACGAGAAUGUCCGACCACUAGCCUUGCCAAAGAGCUGUCCUAGGCCUGAGAGCUACUGUGUGCUGUCUGGCUGGGGCACUACUGUUUUGCGGAAAGCAUUCUUGCCAGAUGUCUUGUACUGUGGCAAUAUCACGACCGUGAGUGACAGAGAAUGCAUGGAGACCUAUCCCAAAGCCAUAAUGAAAAACAUGUUCUGUGCCACUGUGAAACAGGGUGGCUCGGAUUCCUGCCAGGGCGAUCCUGGCUCUCCACUUGUUUGCAACAAUGAACUGCAGGGCAUCACUUCCUGGGGAUUUGAAGAAUGCUCCCAAGUGGAAAAGCCCAGCGUCUUUACCAAAGUUUGUAACUACAUCGACUGGCUGGAAGAAACAAUGGCUAUGGCAUAGCAUCUCUGCA